AUGUACACCCAAUACAAGCUAUUAGAUCUGGUGGAGGGGAAGGACAAGGUGCCGGAGGCCGCAAAACUGAACGGGGUGUGGAUGAAGCGAUCGUUUAACGCGUACAUGCUUUUGGUGCAAGCGGUUGGCGGACGACAACUUGACCACAUCAAGGACCUCUUGGUGCGCAUCCUUGAGGAGGACUUACAGCACUGGACUAUGGAGCGCUCAAAGGAGAGGGUUGGCUAUGGAGUUGGAGGUGGAAAGAGCGGCUUCAAGAAGAAGUGGAAAGGCAAGAACAAGGACAACCCCAAGGAGGAUAGUGGCGGGGGCCAAGGGGAGGUGUGCUUCUACUGCAAGAAGCGCAUACAUCGUUGGAGGAAGUGCUACCAACGGCCUAAGGAUUGGACCCCGCCUUCAUCAAGCAACCAUCAUGGUGGCAAGAGGAGUGGGGGAGUCAUUGGAGCUAGUGGAGAGGAGAAGGAUGAGGAGAAAGGCGGCAAAUCUGAGGAGCGAAAGGCCGGGUUCUUCUUCGUGAAUGAAGGUGUGAACACCGAGAUGAUUGGCUCGGAGAGCUAUCGUGCAUUCAACGAUGAGCGGCUGAUUUGGGACCUGCAGCGCAAAGGGGAUGUCCACAAGCAGAUAUGGCAGAUCCUGGUCCUCCCUUGGCCGAAUUCGGGCAAGGCGGCAGCUGCGGCAUCUAUGGAGGAGAGUGUCACCGAGGAGGAGCAGCAGGGUGUGCAAGGAAAGGAGCCGAUUGGAGGAAGCGCGGCGGAGAAGGCGUCGGCUACCUGGGAUGGUGCCUAA